UAUAUCUUAUUCUUAUUGUUUACCAGCUGGGGUCAGAAUACCGUCUUGGAUCUUUGCAAUACUAGCUAGUAGCGCCUCGAUUCUGGUUUCAUCAGCUAAUAACUUGCACAAUGACGAGUGCAUCGCCACCACAACCCGACGCAGCGGCCACACCCGAGCUCUACCGCGCGACUUCCCUGCUUUCCAUUUGGGGCCCUUGUCGUCGCGUGGGUGAUGAGUAUCUGUCCUGUGUGGUCCUGAGUGGAAUGGGAAUGUGUAAGCCUUUGCGACGAACGUUUGAGCAGUGUGCCGCUGAAACAGCAGAGUAUUCUACGUCUGUCCUGGAUCAAUUGGCAUCUCAGGCGUGUGGGCAUGUGGAAGACUCGAAUCCAGCUGCCAAGAGAAACUGUGCAGCGGAAAUUUUACUGAUGCAACAACAGAUGCAGCAGCGCCCACCCCAACAGGGACCGCAAAUGCAAUAGUUAGGAGGAGUUUCAAGGAAGACAACUACUGCAAUAAUGGAUCAGGUUUUUUGGCGUCUAUGGUCGUGCUACUACCGGUAUAUUAGCAACACGAUGAAAUCUUCAUGUAGCCAACACUCAAAAUACCUGUACGGGUGUACCGGUAGAUACAGUAGUCUGUAUAAUAACCAUGCAUUGGCCCUGAUAUUGUACCGGGUAUAGUGCCGUGGCAUGUACAUGUAGCAUGAAUGAUCCAAUCUAUCUGUGCAACAAAUCCAACUAUGAUAUUAUACCUGGUGCCUAACCAGCUAGUCACGGCACCGUCAUGGCCUCGGGUUAUCUUUAUUUUUGCUGUUUUGGUUUGAUGAUCAUUCCCGAACGUUCCAGAAGCCCUU